AUGUCCAAUUACCAAGGGGAGGAUGCUGAGUACAUGGAAGAUGUAGAUGAUGAAAUGGAAGAGGUAGAUGAUGAUUUAGAUGAGGAGUUUCGUGGGGAUGACAUGGCUGCAUCGGAUUCCGAUGUCGACGAGUUUGACUACUCAAACAAUAAAAUAGCUGAUACUUCAGCUGAACAAGCCCGGAAAGGGAAAGACAUCCAGGGGAUUCCUUGGGACAGGCUUAGUAUUACCAGAGAGAAAUACAGACAAACUAGACUAGACCAGUACAAAAACUACGAAAAUGUCCCUCAUUCUGGGGAAUCCUCCGGGAAAGAUUGCAUGGCUACACAGAAAGGGGCCAGUUUUUAUGAUUUCUGGCGGAAUUCAAGAUCUAUCAAAUCAAGUAUUCUUCAUUUCCAGUUGAGGAAUUUGGUAUGGGCAACUUCUAAGCACGAUGUUUACCUAAUGUCACAAUUUUUGGUUAGUCACUAUUCUACUUUGACAUCCGCAAAGCAUGAAGUUCUCAAUGUUCAAGGUCAUGUUUCCCCAUCCGAGAAACAUCCUGGAAGUUUGUUGGAGGGAUUUACGAAAACUCAAGUGAGUACACUUGCUGUGAGAGAUCAAUUUUUAGUCGCUGGCGGAUUUCAAGGAGAACUUAUAUGCAAGCAUCUUGAUAGACCUGGUGUGAGCUUUUGUUCACGUACAACUUAUGAUGAUAAUGCUAUCACCAAUGCAAUUGAGAUUUAUAACAAACCCAGUGGCGCGCUUCAUUUCACUGCCUCAAAUAAUGAUUGUGGAGUCAGAGACUUUGAUAUGGAGAGAUAUCAGCUUGUUAACUAUUUUCGCUUUCCUUGGCCAGUGAAUCACACAUCUUUGAGUCCUGAUGGUAAAUUACUGACGAUUGUGGGAGACAACCCGGAAGGUCUUCUGGUAGAUCCCAACACGGGAAAGACACUGGGAACGCUAGCUGGACAUUUAGACUUCUCCUUUGCCUCAGCAUGGCACCCAGAUGGGAUCACUUUCUCCACAGGAAACCAAGACAAGACAUGCCGGGUUUGGGACAUCCGUAACCUGUCUAAGUCAGUUGCUGUCUUGAGGGGUAACCUUGGAGCGAUCCGAUCCAUCCGCUACACUUCCGAUGGGAAAUACAUGGCCAUGGCUGAGCCGGCUGACUUUGUCCAUGUCUACGAUGUCUCAAACGGGUAUGAAACAGAGCAAGAGAUCGACUUCUUUGGGGAGAUCUCCGGAAUAUCCUUCAGCCCCGACACGGAGGCGCUCUUCAUCGGCGUUUGGGACCGCACUUACGGUAGUCUCCUUGAGUUUAGCCGGCGCCAAAACUACUCGUACCUUGAUUCGUUUCUAUAA